GAACCGUUCUUGCCAUGCUUCAUCCUGCAUCUUGAUGGUCUCAUCAUGGAGUGUAAGAUUCUGAGAUGGCGUUCCGAGACGACCGAGCGUUUUCUCGUGUAUUUGUAUGGGUUUUCCGGCCACACGACCAUUAGUAAGAACACGGGUUAG